AUUCGAAUAAUGUUAACAACAAAGAUAAUUCCAAUAGCUCUGAGAAUUCUACUAGAGUGACACUUUCAUCAUCCACUCCGGGAUCUAAGUUGCCAAAUCAAAGCCCAUCUAUACACCAGGAAGCUUAUUAUCCUAACGCAUCACCCAAUUUCCCACCAAAUCGACCAGCAUCUAGAGGAGCUCAAGGCUAUUAUGGGCCACAAGAAUAUGAUUAUAAUAGAGAAAACCGUUCUUCAAUGGACUCAAAUAGACAAGAAGCAAGUAAUUAUAAUAAUAAUCAACCAGGAGAACCUUCAUCAAAUCGAGGAGCUCCAGUUUCUAAUCAACCUCCUUCAGCUCCAUCUUCAUCAUCAUCCUCGUCUCUACCUGAAAAUCACGGUUCUUCAAAUCAACCUCAUCCUUCUCAUCCUUCUCCUCAUCAUCCACAAUCCAAUAUGAGCGCUGGUCAACGGUAUCCACACCCACCAACAUCACAGCCACCACCGACUACACCACAACAAUCCUUACUUAUGAAUAGCUCUGGUUAUCCUCCACGAGGCCCAGUUCCAGGACCUUAUGGUCCAGUUCCCCCUGGAAAUCAACCAGCUUAUCCAGGAAUGAAUGAUGCCUAUCGCAAUAAUGGACCCUCAAAUGUACAGAUGUCAACCCAUAAUAGUCCACUAGCUCAAAGGCUUUUAGCUGCCAAAUCUAAUCAACCUCAAAGUUCCAAUUAUCAGAGUUUAUUAUAUUCGAGUCCUAUGAAUAAAGCGCCACAUAAUGGACCAACACCAAGGUUCAUGGGUGAAUCUAGGGAAAAUAAUAUUUAUGACCAAAAUCCUCCAACUAACAGUGGUCAUGUAAUAGGACCGAAUCAUCCUCCUGGAUCUACUCCACAACAUCCCCAGAGUCAUCCUGCUUAUCCAAAAAGGCACCCUGACUUUAUGAAACCCGAACAACAAUCUCAACAUCAUCCACCACAGCACCAACAAACUCCAACUCCACCUCAACAAGCUUCGAUAUUUCAAGAUGGACCGCCCAAUCAAUAUGGUCCAUAUCCUGGACCUGGACCUGGUGCUAGACCAAUGACACCAAAUUAUCCUCAAGGUGGUGGUCCUCAUCAACCAUGGAAUCGAGAUGCAACUUUCAGAGGCCAUCCAGGUGGUCCACCAUCUCAUCCUCCAACAUCACAGCCCCCUCCACCUCAUGGUAAUAUGACAACUCCUCCAUAUGUACAUAGUCAACCUGGUUGGGAAAAUAAUCAACCAAGAAAUGAUCAAAAUAAUGGAGGACCGAUUCCUCCACCAUCACAGGGUAUUCCUGGUCCUGUACCUGGCCCUGUACCAGGAGCUGGAGGAGCAACUAAUGGUUGGCCAAUGAAUAGGUAUCCACCACCUCAACCCCCUCAACCUGGACCAGGAGGUCAAGUACCACCACCAGGAAUGAAUCAUCCUGGAUAUUUAUCAACAGCGCCUCCUCCUCAAACAGCUUAUUCUUAUCCACCGGACCAUCCAAUGAAUAAAAUGAAUGCGGCGCAAAAUAGGAUGUAUCCAGCAGGACAAAUGCCUGGAGGUCCACCAAUGCCACCAAAAGCUCCUUCAGCCCAUUUAACUCGUCUUUUAUCUUCAAGUCUUCCUGGAUCACCAACACCAAGUCCACACAUGGGAGCUCCAAACUCGGGUUCACCCCUUCCUCUUUCACAUGGAUACGGGCACGGACAUGCACAUCCCCAUCAAUUAUCUCAUCAACACCAACAUCCACAAAAUUCACAUCUAAUGCCUCAUCCACAUCAACAACAUGGUCAUCAUCAUAUGCCUUAUGGACAAAUGAUAAUGAAAAGAGAUUUAGUUUUUCCGCAUGGUAGUGUUGAGGCAACUCAAGCAAAUUAUUCUAAACGACGUAAGUUAACGUGUAAAGAUUUAUCACCGGUCGAAGCAUGGAAACUUUUAAUGAGUUUGAAAUCAGGAUUACUCGCUGAAAGUACCUGGGCAUUGGAUACUUUAGCAGUUUUGGUUAGUGAUGAUAGUAGUUAUCUUUAUUUCGGACUCCAACAUUUACCAGGAUUAUUGGAAAUUUUAUUGGAACAUUAUAAGAAAUGUUUAAACGACAUGUUUGAUGGUUUAUUCAAAGACACUGAAGUUAGUGGGCAUAUUGAAACAAUUUCACACAUAGAAAAAAGAUCGAGAAAAUGGUAUCAAGUUGGAUCUGAUGAUGACGACGAGGAAGAGGAUAUCAUUAAACAUAAAGAAAGCAGUGCAGUUGACAUGAAUUCUGACGAUGAUAGUGACAUUGAUAGUGAAGGAAGCGAAGAUGACAAUGUUGAUGGUAUGGUUGAUGGUGAUAAAUAUCUUGAUGGAAACAAAAUCAGAAAAACUGUCAAUGUUUCAAAAGACUUUGUUAAAAUGGAUCAUGCAAUUCAUGUCAACAUUCCCAAAAUGGAUCAACAAACUAAAAUGUUGAAAUCAUCUCUUGACCUUACCUUUAAAUCACGUAAUGGUAAAACAGUUAGGAUGGAAAAUGCUGAAGCUCAUUUAUUUGUGACAGACUAUGAAAAGAAAUGGGAUUAUUUAAAGAACGGUUUUCGUGUUGGUAAAGAGCAUUGGGCUAAAGGGUAUGGAGAAAUUACUGAUCAUAUCUUGACGCAUUUUGAACCAAAGGAAAAAUAUCUCAAGCUUGUUAGAGUUAUUAGGACGAAAAAAUCAAAGAAAUCCCAUAAAAAAUUAAAAACAAAGGAUGUGAACAAAAAAUCAAAUUCUGUUGAUGAUUGUAACUUAGGAUCUUCUUGUCCAGAACCUGUUGUAAAAAAAGAGAAAUUAGAAAUGCCUUCUCCAGUUGAAAAGCCAGUUGAUAAUUUACCAAGUGAAGUUAAAUUUUCCUUGAAUGGCAAAUCUUCUGUUAAGAAAGUUUCAUCCUGUGAUUCCGAUGAACUUGAAGAAGAAGCUGAUAGUGAAGAAGAUUCACCUUUGUGUCCAGUUUUGGAUUAUUAUGAUUCAAUUAGUCGACGGUGUCUUUGUAUUUCAACUUUAAUUAGAAAUUUAUCAUUUGUGCCUGGUAACGAUGUCGAAAUGUGUAAACACCCGGGUUUAAUGUUGGUACUAAGUCGACUUAUAACAUUGAAUCAUACACAUGCCCGCAGGAAACGUAAUUUUGCUAAAAUGAGUGAAGGAGUGGAAAAAUCAACAAGUACAACAAAUGGACAGGAAGAUCAGCAAACUAAUGGAAUUAUUGACCCUAAUUAUGGGAAAAUGAAUGAGUGUUUGGAUGGACAUAGUAAUGAAAGUAAUUUGUUGAAAAAUUCUUCAAUUUCCUCAAUAACAAACUCAUCAUCGUCAUCAUCAUCAUCACCAGCUUGUUCGAAAGAUAAUCAACUCGAUGAAGAAAUAAUGAAUCCUCCUUGGUGGGCUGAAUCAAUACAUCUUUUACGUGAAAAUACAUUGGUUACAAUAGCUAAUAUUUCAUGUCAACUGGAUCUUGAUCCAUAUCCCGAAGAGAUUAGUUUAAAUAUUCUUGAUGGUUUAUUACAUUGGGCUGUAUGUCCAUCUUCAUAUGCUCAAGAUCAUCUUCCAACCACCACAGUUCAAUCCUUUUCACCUAAAAGACUUGCCUUGGAAUCAUUAAUGAAAUUAUCGAUAAUUGAUUCCAAUGUUGAUUUAUUAUUAGCAACACCGCCAUGGAGUCGAUUAGAGAAGAUGUUAUUAAUGUUAGCAAAAAUGUUAAAUCGUAAUGAGGAGCAAACAUUACGUGAAUUUGCUCUUGUUUUAUUGACCAAUUUUGCUGCUGCUGAUACAAGUAUAGCCCGUGCAAUAGCUUUAACUGGUUACGCGAUUCCUCAAUUGAUCAGUUUUAUUGAACAAUCUGAACAAUCAGCAUUACAAGUAGCUAACACCCAAGGAAUAAAUGCUCUUCGUGAUAAUCCUGAAUUAAUGGGUACAACUCUUGAUAUGGUUCGUCGAGCUGCUAUUUGUUUGCGACAUUUUGCCAGAAUACCUGAAAAUAGACCUUUGUUAUUAGUUCACCAACAGAGACUUUUAUCUCUAGUAUUUUCACAAAUUCUUGAUCAAGGAGUAGCUUCUAUAAUAGCUGAUGUUAUUUAUGAAGUAUCUUUGUAUGAUGAUAGUUCGUUACCUCAUCCACAUUUGGUAAAGUCACUGAAAAACUCAUCAUCUCCUACAUCAUCAUCUCCAACGCCAUCUACAUCAACAACUACAUCAACUUCAGCCUCAACAUCAACAUCUUCAUCACUAUCAUCUACAUCAACCUCAACAUCAUCGUCAUCGUCAACAUCAACAUCUUCAGCAUCAACAUCAACAUCUUCUUCAGUAUCUGCAUCAACUACAACACCGACACCGACACCGACUUCAACAUCCACAUCUACUGAAAUCAGUCUAUCUAUUUGUAAAUUAACAGAUGAACAGAAAACUUAAUAUUGUACAUGAUACUUAUUAUUAUUGAAUAAUCAUAAAUCUUAAUACAUCAUAAAGUGAACCUCGUUUAA